CAACUUUACCGAUAUCGAUCACGGCAGAAUUUCGCAACGGGUUCCAGACCCUGACUUCAACGAUGAAGUUCCUGAUCUCUUUGUGCAUUUUGCUCGCCGUGUUCUACCAGGCUCUCGGCGGUAAGGUUCACGGCAAUGAAUUUUUCGAUGAGCUCCUGGACGAGCUCCGUGACGCCGACGACAUACGUGUGAUGACCCUGGAUGAUCUGACCAUCGGUUUCAGUCGGAAGGUUGCUCUCUUGACGGUUCACGGAGAGGCCAAAUUGUACGACGGUACCGUGACAGGACUGGACACCGCUGAGAGGAUAGACGACGCGCAGAUAAUCACCCGCAAGGACGGAAGCGUCGUGAUCAGAUGCACUCUCGGCAUGGGUGUGAUAAUUUUCAACUACAAGGGUACUGUGAGCUUCAUGGGGCUCGGACCGAGUAUCAGCAUGCUGACCCACACUGGAUACGUGACGGUGAAAGCAGAAGUUCAGCGCGCCGCCAACGGGACCGUGAAAGUCACUGAAUUCAAUGUCCGGGACUUCGAGAAACUCAAGGUCAAGUUCACCGGUCUGGGUCCCUUAACUUGGGCCACCAGCCUCCUCAUCGCUCCAGCCGUGAACAUCCUGACCCCGAUAAUCAGGAGAACCGUCGAAUACGGAGUUCGGACGGUUGUCGAGAAGAAGCUGCCGGACAUCAUAAAAGAUUUCAGUUUCGAAUAAAUGGAUGACUUCAAGGUUUCGCUGACGGAAAA